AUGAGGCAGAAACGUACAAAGAUCUACCGCAAGCUGAUGCACCAGUUCCAGCUCCACUUUGGCUUCCGCGAGCCUUACCAGAUGCUCAUCGACGAGACUUUUGCGCAGUCGCUCGUCCGCCUCAAGACGCAGAACCCGUCGCAGCAGUUUGCCAAUGUCCUCUGCGGCAAGGUCAAGCCCAUGAUCACCCAGUGCUGCAUGGUCGCCCUCUACAAGCUCGGCAAAGAGCACCAACCCACCGUCAACCUCGCAAAGGAAUGGGAGAGGAGAAAGUGCAACCACAGGGAGGCCAUCGAGCCCCACGAGUGCAUCAAGUCGGUCGUCGGCGAGGCAAACAAGCACCGUUACGUCCUUGCAUCAGACAACCAGCCGCUGAGGGCCAAGCUGCGCAACAACGUGCCAGGCCUGCCCAUGGUCCACUUCACCCAGGCCGUCAUGGUCCUCGAACCCAUGUCGAACCUUUCCAGAUCCAAGGUCGAACAGAUCGAGGAUGUCAAGCUUUCCGGCCACGCACCUCCGAGCGAUCCGUCCGCGACACCCGCGACCAACAUCAUCGGCGCCGACACGACGUCGCCUGGCGAGUCGUCGGAACCUCCGCAGAAGAAACGCAAGGGGCCCAAGGCACCGAACCCGCUCAGCGUCAAAAAGGCCAAGCGGGAGAAGUUGACGCCAGAGGAAAAGCUGGCGAGGGAGCAGGAGCUCAAGAAGCAGAAGCAAAAGGAAAAGGCGGCCGAGCGGUUGCGCGCACAGAGAGAGGCGGAGCAGGCAAAGGGCGAUCAGGGAGGGGACGGGGCGAGUCCGAAUGCGAAUGCGCAGCAAGCUUCGAUCGGGGCGAAGAGGAAGAGGAACGACGCCGGCGAGGAAGGCAAGGGAUCCAAGUCAGACGUUGCGGUCGCAGGGAAGGGCACAGAUGCGGCCGCGGAUGCAGGCGACAAGGCGAAACCGGCCAACAGGCGGAGACGACAAAAGUCCAAGGCUGCCACCGCGGUCGGCGCCGAAGCAGUCGAGGCCCACUGA